AGAAGCUUGGCCUCCAAGCACAUCUAAGCCUUUAUAUAUAUCGCUACUAAAAUCUUGUAUAAACAAAUCAAAUCUUUCCUAUCUAAUUUCACUUCCCUAAAAAAAACAUAUCCCAUGGAAAAUCAAUUCAACAUACCUUCAAUAUUUGCAAUAUAUUGCUCUUUAACAGCGUGCAAACAAUUCUACUACCAACUUGCACCUGAACCAAUUCGUGCAUACAUCGAUGAGAAAAUCAAAAAGUGGUUCAGUAAACAAAUUACCUUAGACCCCAAAACCUUCACCCUUGUAAUCAGACAAUACAUCGGCAACAACACCUACGACGAUUGCAUCAACGAAGUGUUUAAUGCUUGUGAAGCAUACCUUUCGAACACCCUCCGGUCCUUGUCGACUCGACUCGAGGGAUGCCGUAGGUGUAGUGCUGAACCCGUCUCGUACUACUUAGCACAAGGGGAAGAGUACAUUGAGUAUGUCCGAUUAAAUGACGAGAAUGAUAAUGUCAAGCUUAAGUGGAAAUUUACUUGUAGGAACGAUAAAGGCGAAGAGGAUGAUUCGGGAUCCAAGAAAUCAUUCGAGUUGAGUUUCGACCCUCGAUACAAGGACAUGGUGCUCGAUAGCUUCCUUCCUUUGGUUGUGAUCAAGAGUUACGAUUAUUUGAUAGAUAUGAAGAAAGAAAUCUUCUUACACACAUUCACUGCAAUGCCAUCGAGGUACCAUUGGGAUCGAGUGUCGUUUAACCAUCCUUUUACCUUCGAUGCUUUGGCGUUGGAUCCGGAGUUAAAGAAGUCGAUUUUAGAUGAUCUUGACAUGUUUUUAAGACGAAAAGAGUUUUAUAAAAAGAUUGGGAGAGCAUGGAAAAGAGGGUACUUGCUUUAUGGACCUCCAGGAACAGGGAAAUCUAGCUUGAUUGCGGCUAUUGCUAACUAUCUUAAGUUUAAUAUAUAUGACUUGCAGCUUGCUAGUAUUGAUAAUGAUUCCACCUUGAGGAAAUUGAUGAUCUCCAUUAGUAAUAAGUCCAUUCUUGUCAUUGAGGAUAUCGAUUGCGCCUCCGGUUUGUCUGGGAAGAAUGCUGCUUCUACUAGAGAAUAUGAUUAUUAUUUAGGAGAUUCUGAUCAUGACGAUGACAAUUAUGAGUAUAAUCAUGAUGCUAACCAUGAAGUAGCAGCUCCGAAUAAGAAGUCAGAGCAAACGUUAUCUCUUUCGGGACUAUUAAACUUUGUUGAUGGAUUGUGGUCUAGUUGCGGAGAUGAGCGGAUCAUCAUAUUGACCACAAACUAUAAAGAACGUCUAGACCCAGCUUUGCUGCGUCCAGGGCGUAUGGAUAUGCACAUUCACAUGUCUUACUUAAGAAUGCCGGGAUUCAGGAUACUAGCCUCCAACUACCUUGGCAUUACAGAGGAGCAUUCGCUUUUCGAGAAGAUCGAGGAAUUACUCGAAACAACAGACGUGAGUCCAGCUGAGGCUGCGGAGGAGCUCAUAAGGAGUGAUGAUCCUGACAUUGCCCUUGCUGGAGUUGUUAAAAUGUUGCAGCAGAAGAAAUUAGAUCAGCAAGUUUCUGAAAAGAAGAGAAAGAAGCAAAUGAAAUGCAAGAAGGGAAGAAAGAAGGCAAUGAUGAGAAAACAUAAAGAUGUUGGUGAAGUAACGACUCUAGAAGGGGAAUGCUGAGGAUUCUCUAGUUGUUAAUGACCACCUUUUGAAUGUAAUUCCUUAGAAAUAUGCAGAGAUAAAAGUUUGUUUUUCAGCUGAAAUAGUACGAGUUUCUUUUAACUUUCAAAUAUAAUUUUCAAAUAUAUACUCAAAAUCCAAUUCCCAAUUUUUUUU